GGAAAUACAAGAUCAGCAGUAAUUUGCCCACACAUGUUUCCAACGGCGGCCAACAACUAGAUGGGUUCGUUUAGCGGCUUCGGGUGGAUAAUUUAUUAUUACAUAUAUUUAAUAUAAAAACGUUAACUAAGAAAAUGACUCGUGAAACUAACGUUGUGGAGGACUCCUGCGUGGCUUUUGCUAUGAAUGAAGCCCAAAUAAUGAAUACUGAGUGGACAAACGAAAACCUCCGGGAUCUUCUGACUGCUCUAAAAACAAACAUAUCGGAAAAAGACAGCACAGAGGCAUACUCCUAUGUACUCAAGAAGCUAGACUGGAAGAAGGUGGCGUUCCCUCCUUUUCCACCCAAAGAGUGUAAAAAAAUGUGGAAACAUUUGUCGCAAACGAUGCGUAAAGAACGAACUCUCACAGAGCUUGUGGAGGAAGCUGCAGCGGAACUUGGCAGUUCAACCAAAAAGAUGCGUAAAGAACAAACUCUCACAGAGCUUGUGGAGGAAGCUGCAGCGGAACUUGGCAGUUCAACCAAAAAGGGAAAGCCACGUCGCCAGAAAAUAAUCAGGCAGGAAUCCAAAGGAGACGCCGCUCCAGCCAAACCACCCAUGAGCGGUUAUAAUCUGUACUGCAAAGAGCAGCUAGCCUUCAUGCAGGGCGUUGCCAAAAAACAGUAUGUCAGCACAUGGGCCCAACGAUGGCGCGCACUGAGUGAUGACGAAAGACGCAGCUUCAGCAUUCGAUGUCAUAAGAUGAAGAGAGAGUACACCAAUAAGAUGAACGACUAUCUAUUUACUUUGGACAGUGACAAGCAGCAGAAGUUUCAAGAUGACUUUGGCAUCAAAAGACCAACACCUGUCAGGAAGAGGAAAGUGCGGAGAAAGUCUGUGAAAAUAUACCGAGGCGAGCCCAAGAAGUCAUGUUGUUCGGGAUACAACAUUUUUUACAAGGAGUACAUGGAGCAACUAAAGGAGGAGUUCCCCAAUUACAGAGAGCGCUUUGUCCACAUCAGUCGCCUCUGGAACCAGCUUAGCAACAAGGACAAGAGUGACUAUCAAAGCCAAGUGGAAAAAAAUAUAAAGAAAUAUGCCACGAACCUGCAAAAGUGGUUUAUGACAUUGACAGAAGAAGAACAGAUGGACUACCGUGCUUCUAACCCAAGUAAAUGUCCUUACCUGGUAAUGGAUGUGUCCCAUAAUAACACAGAGGAUCCAAGCUUGUACAGACCAUCAGAUUCAGAAGAUGAGCUCAUAGAAUUGAGCAGCAGCGAUGAAGACGAACUAUAUAAUUCCAGUGAGGACGACGAGGAGGACGACGAUGACAUUGGGGAAACCACCUUUAAUAUGUUUUAGAUUGAGCUGGACACUGCAGUAAAACUAUUAUUUUGAUUUUCAUGAUCAUCGUUGAGGACUUUCAGGCGCUACAGUGUAGUGUUACCUUGACUAGUUCACCUUCAUGUUUUUGAUUUUUAACAAUGAAUUUUAAAUUGUUUUAGAUAUGGGGAAAGAUUUGUGGAUGCAACAUUAAUACUGUGCUGAAAUUAAGUAUUUAAUA